AAUUGAAUUUGAGAUACUUAAAAAUACUGAAAUCACACAGAAUGAAACUGAUAUUUUAAUGGAAACGUGUGAAAAAUCAUGUGAAAAAUUAAAAGCUAAUAUUGAAAAUAAAGAAAAAUUUAUUACCGAUUUGUUAAAAACUAGAGAUACUUACAAACCUUUCAUGUAUAAAGGAUUUUUGUAUAAUAUGCUUAGAAAUAAAGAAGUAAUUUCUGAAUUAGGAAAUGAAAAGAUGCAUGAUUUCAAAAUGCAACAUUUAGAAAAGAUAGAUAACUUAAAUCCAAAUACAUUACAGUGGUUCAAUUAUCUGUUAAAUAAACCUAAUAAAUUAGAUAUCAUUAAUAUGUUUUGGAUCGUGAAUCAAACAUCAAAUAUGAACCUCGAUAUAAACAGUCCUUUAUUGUUAAAAACUGCAAGGAGAUAUAAAGAUAAAUUACACGAAUGUUAUUGGAAACAUGUCGAAUGUAUAAUAUCAAUUCUUGAAAAUAUUGAAUUGGAAACAGAUUGUGAAUUAUUUACGAAUAAUGGAUUGUACCAUGGAUUAUUCAAAGAUAAGAAUUUUCAGCAAAAAGUCAAUCCUGUACUAGAAGCAAAACACGAAGCUCUCGAUGUUUUUAUUAAACGAAAAGAAGAGUUAGAAGAUUUUUGUCAUGUAAGGUUCUUGAUAGAUGAUAUGGAAAAUACAUAUAAAUUUGAAGAAUUCUUACCAAAUGAUAAUUAUAGAAUUAAUAAAAGUGAUGAAGAACUUGUUAAAAAACACUGGGUCGAGAAGAUGAAAAAGUUUAAAAAAGAUUUAAAUGAUAAAAACAUCAAUUGGUUAGAAUAUAUCAAGAAGGAAUUGUUAAAACUCAUAGAAGAUGAUCUCGCAAUAAAAAUAAAAUCAUUCCAUGAAAAAUAUAAUGAAAAAAUCAAACGACGUAUCAAACAAUUGUUAGAAAUACUAGAUAAGAUUAUUAAGGGUGAAGAAGUUACCAAAAAAGAAAUUAAAAAAAUUGAAACAAUCAAAACAAAUAUUCCAUUUACACCACCCAUCAUAAAACCUUCAGAUGAUUCCAAAAAAGAUUUGAGUGAAACUGAGAAUAAUCUACAAAAGGAUAUUGAAUCAAUAAAAAAGGAAAUAAAAGAUCUUGAAAAAGAAAAAUCAAAAGCAAAAAGCAUUUCUGAAAUCAUCGAUCUAAUCGAAAAAUUAGCAAAAAAUCGAUUACUUGCAGAUGAUAAAGAACAAACCUUAAAAGACAUAAAAUGGUUAAAGAAACAAUUAACCCUCACAACAGUUACAAAAGAUGAAAAAAAUAGGAUAAUUAAGAAAUUCUCAUUAGAAAGUCGUGGUAAAGAACGUGUCGAUUAUUUUAAAGAAUUAUUUGAUGAACAUUAUAGUGACGAAAUGGUUGAAAAUCUAUUAAAUGAUUUCAAAAAGAAUCAAGCUAUUCCUGCAUUAAAUCAUAAAAGUUCUUUAUAUUACAAUACUAUUAAUGAAUUAAAGAAAGAAGCUGAGAAAAAAGAAAUCACUGAUGAUGAAAAGGAACAAGUUAAAACAUUAACAGAAAAAUAUAACGGAAAAAUAAAUAAUAUAAAAAUCGAGAAAAGCAUACUAGAAGGUAAACCUAUUGAACCUGAUGAAAUUGAACUGCCAGAAUUUGAAGGUUUAACUGAUAAAGAACAAAAAAGAUUACAAGAAAUCGAUCAAAUAAUCAAGACAUCGAAAUUGGCAAAAGAAUUAGAUGAUAAGAAAAAACUUGAUUUAGAAAUUGAUAUGAUCUGUAACAAAUACCCUGAAAUUAGAAAAAAUUAUGAUAAGCGUCAAAAAGAAAGAAGAGAUUAUAUUAAGAUAUACGAUCAGAUAUUAAAAGAAAUAAAUGAUAAAAAUAUAAAGAUUGAAGAUUUGAAACAUGAUGAGGGUGCUAUCUCGAAAAAGAUUAUCAAUCAAUUAAAAGAUAAACCUUUAGCAAAAGAUCUGUUUGAUGAAUUGCAUGAAAAAUGUAAUGAGAAAUACACAGAAUUAAUUGCAAAUAACGCAGAAGAAUUAGCAGAAGAAUUAAAAAGACAAAUCAAUGAAGAGAAAAACUCAAAAAAUCUCAAGAAUAUCAAGAAAAAUGUUAAUAAAUUAAAAGAAACUAAUACUGAAUUGGGUAAGAAAGUUGAAUCAUUACUAGAACAAAGAUUAACACGAAUCAAAGCAUAUGAAAAAAUAUUAGAAGAUAUUAACAAAGAAUCGGAUGUUGAAAAAUUAAACGAUAAAAAAGAAAUCGAUGAAGAAAUUCAAAAAUUAAAACAGGAUGAUACUGAAUAUCCAAACAAUCUCAUUACCGAAUUGACAAAACAACGAAAUAUUAAAAAAGAAAAAGUUGUUGAAACAAAUAAAUAUAACGAAUAUGAAGAAAUCAUCAAUGCUCCAUUUGACCAUCCACAAACAUUGAUAGAUGUGAUAGAUUUGGAUAAGAUUAAACAACUUAAUAAUGAUAAAUUAUUAGAUAAUAAACAAAAAAUUAAUUUGAAAAAUUUAUACAGAAAAAAACUUAAUAAAUUAAACACAAAAGUUGUUUAA